UUCUCCCUUUUUUAUAUUCAUCUUUUCUUGAUUCUCAGUGACCCCUCGAGAUCCUUCAUGACUGCAGGCUCCUCACUAACCUGAGACCAGUAUUUAUUGCUCUCAACCUCCUCCCCUUUUAGCUGAACCCAGCCUGGAUUUAGGGAGCAGCUGAGCAGGAGGUGGGUGCCAGGAGGCUCCCGGCCCGUGCGUGUGGGCUGGCGUAGUCCUGGAGUGGGUGCAGGGGAACUGGAGCGCAGGGCCGGGUGGCAGCGCUCGACCUGGCGCUGUUCCAGAGGGCGAAGAGGCCGGCUCGGGCUCCGGGUCUGGGAAUGGUGGCGUGGAAGGGGCUGAGGGUGGAGCAAUGCUGACCGCGAUCUGGGAGACAGAGGGGCUGCAGACGGUGGGCAUCGUGGUGCUGGUGUUCGCCUCGAUCAAGCUGCUGCACCUCCUGGGGCUCAUCAGCUUCUCAGAGGACAGCGUUGAAGAUGAGCUUGAACUAUCUACAGUUCGCCAUCGCCCCGAGGGACUGGAGCAGCUUGAAGCUCAGACUCGUUUCUCCCGCAAGGAACUACAGAUCCUAUACCGUGGCUUCAAAAAUGAAUGCCCCAGCGGAAUCGUCAACGAAGACACCUUUAAAGACAUCUACGCACAGUUCUUCCCACAAGGAGAUGCGUCGACGUAUGCCCAUUUCUUGUUCAAUGCAUUUGACACCGAUCACAACGGCUCUGUGAGUUUUGAGGAUUUCGUCAUGGGCCUUUCUAUCCUCCUGCGUGGCACGGUCCAGGAAAAACUCAACUGGGCUUUCAACCUGUACGACAUCAAUAAAGAUGGAUACAUCACUAAAGAGGAAAUGCUGGACAUCAUGAAGGCCAUCUACGACAUGAUGGGGAAAUGCACAUACCCCGCCCUCAAAGAAGAGACGCCGCGUCAGCAUGUGGAAGUGUUCUUUCAGAAGAUGGACAAGAAUAAAGACGGAGUGGUGACCAUCGACGAGUUCAUCGACUGCUGCCAAAAUGAUGAGAACAUCAUGCGAUCAAUGCACCUGUUUGAGAACGUUCUUUAACUCGCCUGCGGAGAACUUCGGGAAGAGGACGUCGUCUUAAGCUCGGCCCGACUCGGACUCAUGCUGUGUACGCUGUGCUCUGCAGACUUUUGAUCAUGGAUGUAAUAUUGUUCAUUCCUGUGGGCCACAAGUAGGAGGCGGCAGUACGGUGCCAACCCUCUGGAAUGAGUCUCCCUCUGAACAUGCUAGUCAGUAAAUCGUUGAACUUUAUUAUAAGACGAUGAUUAGGAAGGCGAGCACCAACAAAAAAAAAUGGACACAUCUUCAUUUCCCGUUUGAUUUCCAACCAUUUGUCUCUGGAGUGUCUUUCUCUUUGCUCUGAGCGCUGCAAAGUGCAUCAGCCUCCGACAUUAUAAACACUCGGGGGAGAUUUGUGAUGAAGAGGUUUAAACAGGGCGCCUCUCGCCACGCUGCAGCCUCGACUUGUUUUGUUUACUGCCAAUUAAAAUCACUGUGACUUUAUACAGCAUAAAAGAACAAAAUAUCGAAGGUAACUUCACGCCCCCCGCUGUGAUUUUAUAUUCCAGACUGGCUUCUCUAUUCCAGAGGGUUCUCACCCCCCAACCCCGUGGCGGUCUGUGCGUUUGCUCCGCCGAGGAGAGAAAACCAUAUACAUUGUUCCAUUUUCAAUAGUUUAUUCCUUCGAUAACAACUCUAUGAGAAUCUUUACAACUGUGUCCAUGUUUAUGUUUACUUGCCAACGAGAAUGAGACAACACGAUGAUUGUAUUGAUGUCAACAUUGGACCGUGUUAUCGAAGGCUGGUCUCCAGAAGCACACAGGGAGCUCUAUUUACGAGUACACGAGUAGACGAGAAGCUCUGCUCAUAAUAAACGCUGCUUUCAGUGCAUUUCUUUUUACCCGACGUAUGUAAGGUAAAACCAUCUACGAAUGUUUUUAUUUUUAUUUCAUGAAACACUAUCCAGGGGGUUACACUAAGAGCAGUGUUUGAGGUUAUUUAUAUGGUAUUAUGGUCAUUGUACAGAAGAUUGCUGGUUGUACAGUAUUAAAUGAAAGUUUGCUCUCGGGUGAAUUUCAGGUCUUUAGAUUUGUUCAUAUAAUUCACUGUUUUUAAAAAGAAAGGCCAGUGGGGUCGGAUUGUUGAUACAAACACUGUAACUUUGUAUUGCACUUGUAUUUUCUGGGUUGUCGACGAAUGAUCUUCCUGCUGUUCUCCUCCUCCGCGUCCUGUGUACAAAGUCCCGCCCACACCUAUUCAGCCUGAUUAAAGUUUUGCUCGGCCCCCAAAUGUGAUCAAACGCAAGGCAUGCUGGGUACAAGUCUCACUUUGGGACUUCCUGUUGCUUGUUGGAAUCCACUGGAUCACUGAAGUGUCCGGACUUUAUGUUCGUACCUUACUGAGUGUUUUAAUCUGACUAUUUUUCUCUUCUCCUUUUUCACAAUGACUUGGAUAUUGGAUACAGGAAGUAUCCAUGGAACCAGCCGUUAAUCUGACAUACACUUGAGAAUGGGUGGAUUUCUGGUGAAUACUUUGCAGCAUUCGACAGACGAUCAUGUCGUUUUUCAUGCAGUAUGAUCACAAACAAACACAUUAUACUCAGUGAGGCAUGCUGCUCAUUAUUUUAAAGUUUAGUAUUGAAAAUAUAUUUUUUGCUCAUCUGUAUAAUUUCCAUUAGGAAAUUGCCAUUUUGUUCCCCUUGAUUUGUGUUUGUGUGCCUUACGGUUUGUACAAAUGUUCUUUUUCUGUUUGACAACUCUUCAUUUUUCCUCAGAAAUAUGAUUAUGAAGCAUCACUGAUAAAAUGGAGGGGAAAUAAAUGUUUGCAACACUA